AUGACCACCGUCAAUACUACUUCGAUAACCUCUACUGCACCUGCUCUGGACAGUUAUGUUGACCUGGACUAUACUCAAGGAGUUAGUCGAUUGGAUUACAUCAUAGUUGGGGUCACCCUUCUUGGGGUCACGGCUGUUGGGACCCUGUUUAAUGGGCUCGCCAUUGCUGUCUUCAUCAGGUACCGUGAGUUGAGAUCGCCCACCAACAGCUUCAUCGCUGCCUUGUGUGUCUGUGAUGUUCUCAUGAGCAUCAUCGGCGCCCCGAUACCUGCCUACUACGCCCUGCUGGAGACCUACAUCAAGUCUUCUGCCCUGUGUGCCCUUGAUGCUUUCACUGUCUACUUCCUCGCCUGCACGUCCAUCUACCUGCUGACCGCCAUCUCUGUGGACAGGUACUUCAUCAUCGUCAAACCUAUCGCGUCUCUGGUCAUUUCACAGAGAGCUGCCAAUCUUGCUAUUGUCCUCUGCUUCUGUGCUGGCUUUAUCUGGGCGACACUGCCGUUGGUGGGAUGGAACCAGUACUCACUGGAGGGGAUAGGCGUGGCCUGCAGUGUGACAUGGAACAGGAAAGACACCAACUUUCUCAGCUUCAUCAUCGCUUUGUUUAUCGGUUGCUUUCUACUGCCCCUGAUCAUCAUGGGAUUCUGCUAUGCUAGGAUCGUGUUUGCUGUACGCAAAGUAUUCCGUGGAACUUUCAUUCGGAACGCCAAAAAACAUUACAAGAUGGAGUGUCACAUGAUCAAAACUAUUGUUGUCAUGAUUGCGUUAUUCGUCUUCUCCUGGACCCCCUACGCUGUCGUCAGUUUCACCAUAGCGUUCGGCACACGACCACAAAUGUCCCGUCUCAUCGAAACCAUCCCGGCUCUAGUGGCCAAAAGUUCCUGCAUCUGGAACCCCAUCAUCUAUGUCGCCAUGAACAGCCACUUCAGAUCCGGCUUCUUCUCACUGCUCCCCUUCGGGAAGAAAAUCUCCAUCUUCCAAGCCUCCAUCAGCAAGGACGAAGACGACGCGGGCGAGGAAGCCAAACCCGUUGCUACUGGUAACGAAGAUGGGGGUAAGGAGUUAAAAACAAAACGAUCGUUUAAGGUACGAGCAAAUUCUGAAAAAAGAAAAGCGCCGCGGCAGUUGAGUUUGUCCACGGUGACGACAUCUCUGUAUAUGUCCAACGCCAUGAAAAAAAGCUCCACGACAUCUUUUCUGUCAGAGAUUAACAGAUCCACAAACAAAAUCCACGGGGAACCGCUUUCCGCGGCCAGCAGCGCCUGUACGCUAAUCCUGAAAGACGACAACUGUACCGGAACAGACGUCACGGACGAUGAUUUCAACUGUGUGGGCUCGAGUAAAAACAUCACCGGAAUUUCUCCCGUACACGGAAAUAACUUACAAGUUCAUAGUUCCGUGAACUCUACACGAAAAAACAAAAAGUUUAACCGAUCUAACGGUACCACUUCCGGUAGUGAUUUAUUCCUAGCGCAACAAGGCGCUAAACUCGAAACUCAGAGGUCGCAGUCCGAAAACGUUUUUGGAACCAAUCUCGAUGACGCCACGAAGGAAUCGAAAAAUCUCCAGCAAAAAAAGUCAAACAGUCGCUCCGAACCUACGAUUGAUUUCGCGAAAAAGACGCCAGAGACCGGCUUAAUGAGCCGGUUGUCGUAUUACGUCAGAGGGUCCGGCAACAAAGUCGCUUGCCAGGUUGUACCCGAGAUGACCACGGACCUGGCUAUGAAACGCUCGACGUCACAUCCGGUGACUGUUAGGACCCCCGGGGAGCACAGAAGGAGACCCUCCCUACCCGAAAAUACAAUUUUCUUAGAACAAUCGGAAGUUUAA